UGUGAAAGCCACAGCCCCACCUGGAAGCAGGGUGGUGUCCAGGGUAAUCGUGGGAGCCCUGAAGAUGUCCCAUGGCUACUAAGAGCGCUGCAAAUUGGAGGAUCAGAGUGGUGGGCAUGGUGUGCAGCCUGUGGGUCUUGAUCCUGGGGCCCUCAGUGCUGGCUCUGGAAGAGGUGCUGCUGGACACCACAGGAGAGACCUCUGAGAUUGGCUGGCUCACCUACCCACCAGGUGGGUGGGAUGAGGUGAGCGUGCUGGAUGACCAGCGCCGCCUAACUCGGACCUUCGAGGCUUGCCACGUGGCAGGGGCCCCUGCAGGCACCGGGCAGGACAACUGGCUGCAGACACACUUCGUGGAGCGGCGAGGGGCCCAGAGGGUGCACAUCAGACUCCACUUCUCCGUGCGGGCCUGCGCCAGCCUGGGCGUGAGCGGGGGCACCUGCAGGGAGACCUUCACCCUCUACUACCGCCAGGCUGAGGAGCCUGACAGCCCUGACAGAAGCUCUGCCUGGCACCUCAAGCAGUGGACCAAGGUGGACACCAUCGCAGCCGAUGAGAGCUUCCCUGCCUCCUCCUCCUCCUCCGCAUGGGCUGUGGGUCUCCACAGGACUGGGCAGCGGGCCGGGCUGCGGCUGAAUGUCAAGGAGCGAAGCUUUGGCCCUCUUACCCAGCGUGGCUUCUACGUGGCCUUCCAGGACACAGGGGCCUGCCUGGCCCUGGUGGCCGUGAAGCUCUUCUCCUACACCUGUGCCCCCGUGCUGCGGGCCUUCUCCUCCUUUCCUGAGACGCAGGCCAGUGGGGCUGGGGGAGCUUCCCUGGUGGCAGCUGUGGGCACCUGUGUGGCUCACGCAGAGCCAGAGGAGGAUGGCGUGGGGGGCCAGGCUGGGGGCAGCCCCCCCAGGCUGCACUGCAAUGGAGAAGGCAAGUGGAUGGUGGCCGUCGGGGGCUGCCGCUGCCAGCCAGGACACCAGCCUGCACGUGGAGACAAGGCCUGCCAAGCCUGUCCUGCGGGGACCUAUAAGGCCUCAGCUGGGAAUGCCCCCUGCUCACCAUGCCCUGCCCGAAGCCAGGCCUCUGACCCUGCAGCCCCCAUAUGCCCCUGCCUUCUGGGCUUCUACAGGGCCAGCUCUGACCCACCAGAGGCUCCCUGCACUGCAUUUGAACUUGACUUGUCUUUCUCCUGUUUCCUUGGUUUCCUUUCUUCCCUGCCCUCCCUCUACCUCCCUUUUCCCUCUUGCCUCCUCUGCUUUCUGCCUCUCCUUCCU